AUGUAUUUUGAAUGUCCAUGCUCCUUUAGAAAGGAAUUAGAACAAGAAAAUCAAAUAAUACAACACAUAGAUAAUUGUGAACAAUUUAAUAGUGACAGUCCUCUAUGCAAUAUGUACAAAAGGGGGAAUGUUGAUGAAGCACCAAUUGAAUAACUAGUAACUUUUUUAUGCGAUCUCAAAUUGCAGGUUGAAAGAAUAGAAAAUGUUUUAAGAAGACGUGGCUAUAACAAAAAGACAGCCUCAAAUUAACAAGAAUUAAAUUUUGAUCAUUAUGCUAAAUACACCUCGAGUUCCAAAAUCCGAUCAAAUACUUCUGGAGUGAAAUAAAAUGGAAUCACAGUCAAGAUUGUUUCUCAUAACAUCUCAAGUGAAAAAUAACAAGGCUAAAUUGAAUAAGAAAAUCUAAACUAAAAUAAUUAGCUGCCUCCUACUCCUCCUCUAUCACCUAGUCGAUUUGAAGAGGAGAGAAACUAAAAUACAUUUACAGCUCAUUAACCAACCAUGUUAAUUGAAGAAUAACCAAAAACUAAUGGCCAAUAGCAAUAACUAUAAAAAUAGCCAUCAGAUUAAAAGGUUGCUUGUGAAGCAUGUAGAAAAGCCUUCUAUUUCAAUCAAGAUUUUGAAAAAUUAUGGUUUUUAGAACAUUGUGGACAUGUAAUGUGUAAAUUAUGUAUUCAUCGAUUGGCAUAAGAAAAAUUUGUUGAAAAUGAUGGAAGAAUAAUGUGCAAGGAAAUCGGAUGCAUUGCAAGGAUUACAUACUUCGAAUUAAAAUAAAUACUUGGAAUUGAUAAAUUCAAUGAAUUGGAUAAAAAAUUAGCUCUUAAAAAUUAAAAUAUCGUUGAAUGCAUUAAAUGCUAGUCUCAAUUCUCUUUUGAAAAAGGUAAUCCUAACGAAUAAGUGAAAGAUUAAUAAGGUAAAAGUAUAAGUGGUGAUGCACUAGUAAAUUAUGCUAAUAAUCGAUUUAUUUGUAAAUAAUGUAAGACUGAACAAUGUAGAUAAUGUAAUUCAGUACCAUUCCAUAUUGGAAUGACCUGCUAAUAAUAUAAGACUAACUAAUAAGCAAAUAAAUGUAUUCUUUGUGAUUUCCCUUGUGAAGGAAAGGUUUGUAAUUAGGAAGAUUGUUAAAAAAGAAUUUAAAGAUUAUGCCAAAAAACCUUAGAUUGUGGUCAUGAGUGUAAUGGAGUAAAGGGUGAAGAAUGCUUAUGCUUACGAUGCUCAAAACAAGAACCUGAUGACUAUUGCAAUAUGUGUUUCACUGAAGCCUUAAAGAGUGCUCCUUGCAUUAAAACAGAAUGUGGGCAUAUUUUUCAUGAAGAAUGCAUAAUGAAGAAACUAGAUGCCAAAUGGAAUGGACCCAGAAUUGUGUUUCAAUAUUGUACAUGCCCUUUAUGUAAGAAAUGGUUGGAUGUUAAACAUAAGGAAAUUUAAGCAAAGUUAAAUGUGGCUUAAUAAUUAAAAUUAUAAAUAUAGGAUUUGUGUACAGAAAGAUUGGAUAUAGAAGGAUUGAAAUAAGCAAAAGAAUUAACAGAUCCUAAAAGCUAGUAUUAUUAAAAACCUCAUGAAUUUGCGAUGGAUAAAUUUUGUUUUUAUGAAUGUUUUAAAUGUAAAAAGCCGUAUUUUGGAGGAAUGAAAAAUUGUUAAGCUGCUGCAGAGAAUAAUGACAGAGCAUAAUUCAAUAAGGAAGACUUAAUAUGCUCUAGUUGCUGUCCAAUCUCUUUUGAAGCUAAAUGUAAUAAACAUGGAGUUAAAUAUAUCGAAUUUAAAUGUCGAUUCUGUUGUUCUGUUGCUGUAUGGUUUUGUGGAGGAACUACUCAUUAUUGUGAACCAUGCCAUAGUGGAAGAAAUCCGAACAUGAAUAAACCUUGUCCAGGACAAGAAAAAUGCCCAUUGGGAGUCAAUCACAAACCAACUGGUUAGGAGAAUGCAUUAGGCUGUGCACUUUGUAGGUCUUAAAGAGUUGAUGAUAUUCUUAAAAAAAACUGA